UAUGGAACCUAAAAAUCUAUUAGGAAAUAAUAUGAGCUCUGAUUGGCAAUUAAAGCAAACAUAUGGCGAAAAAACGGUUGAAAACCAAGGGAGAGUACAAGAAUGCACAGUACCAACAGCAUUCUCAGAAGAAACAAAGAAUUCCUUUCCCUCUCAUACUUCCCCUUCCGGGAUUUCUCCAUCACUUGAAAGAAUGAUAAAACUGGACGAAGGCUGUAGAAGCCAUUCUUACGUUGACACCACAGGUCAUCGCACAAUAGGCUAUGGCUACAACCUUGAGCGAAGCUUUGCAAAGGAGGAAUUACAAUCUAUCAAAGCUGAUUACAACUAUAUCCUCUCAGGGAAGCACGGACUUAGUCAUGAGCAAAUGACUGCUUUGCUGCAUAAAGAUUUACACAGAGCUAGUAACUCUGCUCAUAAGAUCAUCCCUAAUUUCAAAGAAUUACCCUCUGACAUUCAGGAAGUGAUGACCAGCAUGAUCUACAACUUGGGGCCUAGUGGCUUCAAGAAGUUCACUAAAUUGAGGAAGGGGCUGGAAAAUAAAGAUUACAAGGAAGUGGCCAGGCAAAUGGAGCAAUCUGUAUGGGCAAAACAGGUUAAAUCAAGGUGUACAAGGGCUGUGGAGCUGGUAAACAAAGCAGCACAAGAUCCUGAGAAAGAUUUGACUUCUCCCAAACAGGAUAUCCCUGAAAAUUUUGGGAAUCCUUUAGACUUUGAUUUAGAUAGCUUUGAUGAUAAAUCAAAUAAAAAACCAGAAGAAUUUCCUGAAAAUACUAGAGAAAUCGAACAAAAUACUUCUACUCUCCCAGGAAUAGAGGUAAAAGCAAAUAACUUAGAUAAUUUACCAAAUUCAUUAGAAUUCAGAGAAAACUUGAUAAAAAUGUUUUGUCAAAUUUCAGAAUUUCUCACCUAAAGGAGAUCCCUUAGAAACCAGAAAUUCUUCAAAUCCAGAUCCUGACAACACCUCAUCGAAACAAAAUAAAGAUAAGAACACAGAGAACUCUGAAGAAUCCAAGAACCCCAAGAACUCCAAGAACACUGAAGAAUCCAAGGACCCCAAGAACUCCAAGAACUCCAAGAACACUGAAGAAUCCAAGGACUCCAAGGACCCCAGCAACAAAUCCCAACCCAAAGACACCAACAACCCCAAAAAUCCCACCGAUUCCAAAGACUCCAGCCCACCCAAAAUCCACAGAGACCCAUAUGAUUUCUGAACUACUG